CACAGCUCAACGCCUGGGAUCGGACGGCAAAUAAUAACACGGCCAGCGCAGCUAUACCGUUCAAAUAUCUCUUGAUACUUUUUGACGUGAUGGGUCAACCGUGUUCCUUUUUUGCUUCUUGGUAUCUGCAUCAAAAAGAGGCAUCGAGCAAAAAGAUGCGAAUAGGGGGCGCUCUUGCCCCCUUAUUCGAUGCUGAGAAAUGACAUGAUGUCCGUUCGAGGAAGCCGUGAGCGAUUGUCUUGGUUAUUUUUGGAGGAAAGAUCUCAUCAACCUUGUUGUCCGAAACAUGACUUUCUCCUUUUUUUUUCUUUUUUUUUUCUUUUUUUCUUCCUUUUCUUCCCACAAUAUGCCACUCUGGUCUUGCUGUUUUUUCAACAACACCUUCCCCUCCGGGACGGGAGAGCUUCGUGUCUGCAUCGUCCAUCGUCAUCCCAGUGGCAUCAGCUUUCUCCCUGCCACUGUUGUACUCCCGGCCUGUGGUUACCAUCCCAGGCCUUUGCUUUCUUUUGCUCUAUGUUAUCAUCAGACUCCCUUGCCAGAAUGGACAACCUGACUAGCGCCUCAUCGGGGAGCUCCAUGUCCCCAACGGCUACGGACAAGGAGACCAAGUUGAACCCCAAGUCUCGCGUUUCCAUCUUUGCCACGCUUCGUCGCAAGACUUCCCGAAUUUUUGUUACCAAAAACACACCUUCACAAACACCAAUGCCCUUUACAGAUUAUCAACCACAGCAAAGACGACGUUGGUUCAACUCUGUAGGUGGCCGGCACUCUCAACGGCAGAACAUUCGGGACCACUUUGAGCGCGACGAAAGGACAGAAACCCCAACUACACCAACUACACCAACACCGUACUCGAACAGAGAUGGCCCAACCCCUCCUCACUCGCCCGCCAGGCGGUUGUUGAGGACGACUAGCUCCAUGUUUCUCUCGCUCCGUGGCAGGUUUCAACAAGAAAGCCCCGGCAGCCCCGAGAGUCACUAUCAGCAAAGGGCUAGCAAUGAUGAUGACAAUGGCAGUGAUCAUGUCACCGGCGUCUGCGAUCCAGUCGUACCAAAAGCUCCCGUCCUGGCCUUGCCGGCGGAUGUCAAGACAAGAGCAGGUUGGCUAAGCCGCCGAAGCUCUUUUCAACUAGGCGUUCAGAAGGCUGUCCAGGACACGGUCGAUAAGAACUUCUCUUUGGACUCUGCUUAUGACACACCUGUAUCCCUUGGCCCGCGAAGCCGUCCGACAUUGCCACCGCUUACUACCAUAGCUUCGAUGAAUUCUUCGCUAGAGGAAGCUUCACGUCUGUAUGACACAAGAAUCGGUUUGCUGACCAGUGCGAGGGACGGUUGCCUCACUAGUCCAAGCAUGUCAACUUGUGCAAACCCGUCGGGGACCCCCCGGGAGUUUUCCUCGGACUCGCCAACUCUUCCCAGCAGUAGUCAGCAAGACUCGGCUCGGACAUCGCUAGACACGACGGUGAAUGGCAACAGCAACUCGUUGAGCAGCCCCAAGACGUUUUCAUCCAAUGUCAGCAUCCCUUCCCGCCAGCGCCGUAUUCUGUCGGAUUCUUCCUGGUCGCCAGAGUCACCAGAGGCACCGGUUUGCACCGCCUGCGGAAGCGCCAACCAGUCUCGUCUGAUGGAGCGAAGCCUAUGCGAGCUCAACCAACUCAGUGAUGAGGAAUUGGAGGCACUGUUUAGGAACAAACUUGGGGGGUUGUCACUGGUUUCGGUGGCCUCAUCGAGGGGACAUUGUGGUCCAUAUGGCAGCGGCAGUAAGGUUGGUGCUGACGAGGCGGCAGAGUUGGAGCUGAACAGAGCAGAGGAGCAAGAUGACAAGAAUACAACGGCGAGCAUCUUGGAAGGGGAUUCGAACAUGUGUGCGAGCACUCCGAGGCGGUCUCUGCGGGAGGAGCUGUUGCAGGUUGGGGAGGCAUCGCAGAUUAGCUGGAGUACCUCACAGCAGCUUGAGGGACACGUCUUUGGCAAGCCCACCAAGAAGGAGUUUUGUUAUGACAACCUUCACAUCAGCCGCAAUGCUUGGGACACCAACUUGCUCAAAGUCAACCCCGAGUACAUCUCCGUGAACUGGGAGUCGAGUGGUGGUGGUGCUUUCGCUGUCAUCCCCGUAAACGAGCGCGGCAAGCUCCCCGACCAAAUACCGCUGUUCCGUGGACACACUGCUGCUGUGUUGGAUACUGACUGGAACCCGUUCAACGAUCGCAUCAUUGCCUCGGCCUCGGAUGACGGCAAGGUGUUCAUCUGGGAGGUGCCGCAAGGGUUCACACUUCAUACCGAUGCGGAAGAGAUUGUUGAUGUAGCUCCUGUUAGCAAGCUGGGUGGACAUUCCAGGAAAGUUGGACAUGUUCUCUUCAACCCGGCCGCCGAGAACAUCCUGGCCUCUUCUUCCGGCGAUCAGACUAUCAAGCUGUGGGAUAUCGGUACCGGGCAGGCUGGUCACACUCUGAAGCACCCCGAGAUUGUGCAGAGCUUGUCGUGGAGUGCCAAUGGCGCCAUGUUGGUGACUACCUCGAGAGACAAGAAGCUCCGCGUCUGGGAUGUCAGGCAGGAGAAGCCGGUCCACGAGCACCCCGGCCACGAGGGUGCCAAAAACAGCCGUGCUGUGUGGCUCGGCGAGCACAACCGCAUUGCCACUACCGGCUUUUCGAGGAUGAGUGAGCGGCAAAUCGCUCUCUGGGAACCUGGUCGCGCGCAACCCAUUGGCGGCUUCACUUCUCUCGACUCCAUUUCUGGCGUUUGCAUGCCCUUCUGGGACGACGGAUCCAACUGCCUUUAUCUCGCUGGCAAGGGUGACGGCAACAUUCGCUACUUUGAGUAUCAGAACGACAAGUUCGAGUUCCUCGCCGAGUACAAGUCUGGUGAUCCCCAGCGUGGUGUCGCUUUUGUUCCUCGUCGCGGUAUCAAUGUUCACGAGAACGAGGUUAUGAGAGGUUACAAGACGGUCAACGAUACCUACAUUGAGCCCAUCUCUUUCACCGUGCCUCGUCGCGCCGAGACCUUCCAAUCCGACAUUUUCCCUCCCGCUACCGGUGUCAAGCCCGCCAUGACUGCCAAGGAGUGGUUCAACGGCAAGGAGGGUCUUCCCAACAAGAUCGACUUGGAAAGCAUCUAUGACGGCAAUGCUCCUGUGGAGGUCGCUUCCGACUACAAGCCUCCUGUUGCGAUUCCGGCUCCCGCCCCGGCUCCCGCCCCGGCCACCGCGCCUGUUGCCUCGCCCAAGAAGGAGCCCGAGCCGGCUCCUGUCGCCCGUGCCCCUGCUCCUUCGGUUGCUGACCAAAAGACCUCCAUCUCGGCCAUGGCCAACAAGUUCCAGGACGAUGAGGAGUCUGGCAAUGAUUCCGAGGCCUCGAGCUUCGAGGAGAUCUCGCGUCCCGCUCAGCGCCAGAGCAUCAUCAUCAAGUCACCGAACAAGCCGUUCCCGAUCGCGACUACUCCCCCUCCCGGCACCAAGCACUCUCCUAGUCAGGUGUCCCCUGUCAGAUCCCCCGGCAAUGUAACACCUUCUGUGAAGCAUACCCCUACUCCCUCGGCAGCUACCGCCGCUGCUGCGGCUGCGGCGGCCACGCCCUCUGGGACUCCUAUCGAAGUGUCUCUGGAGCAGAUCAAGCACCUCUUGGUCCAGCAGGCCGUCAUCAUCAGCUCCCAGAGCGAGAAGAUCACCUCCCAGACCAACGUCAUCAACCGCCUUGCCAGCGACGUCGAGACCCUGAAGAAGCGGGUCGAGGCCGGGUCGCAAGAGCAGAGCGAGCGGAUCCGGCUUCUGGAGCUGGAGUUGGAAGAGGCCCGAUCUUGAAGGGUGAACUUUUUGACCGACCUCGAGUUGAAAAGAUUGGCGUUGGAUCUUUUUUUGGUUUUGCUUCUGGGAAGCGGAUUUCACACACACAGAACAAUGCAUGUGAGAUGUGUGUCAUUACGAGCUAUAUGGGUUGUUUGAGUUUUUUUUUUUUCUCUUUAUUAAAGACUAAUUUGGGGGAGAGGAAGGACUGGAGGGAUUUUUUCUUUCCUGUGUUUUUCUGUUGGUGAAGACAUGGUCGGAUGGAAAAAAAGAGAAAAGUCCUGGUCUAUCUCUGGCUUUUUUGGUUGAUUUGGGUUGUUUUGCAAAGUCUUUUUAGCGAAGAAUAGGGGAGGGAGGUGUUUGUUUGGAAGAAGACUACUGGGGGGAGGAGGGGAGGGGAAGCAAGCAGGCAAAGCGAACAAGCAAAAAAAAAAAAAAAAAAUCAAAUACCCAUGAUUUUUUUCAUUAUUUUCUUGUUAUGCGUAUAUGUACAUUUAAUGUCCCCGUCUCUGAGACAUGACAAGAUCAAUAAAGGGUUGUUUUCUAUAACUUUUGUACUCUAUUCUGAGUUAUGUCUAAAAGUGUUGAAGUGUG